ACUGGGGACCUUUUAUGGAAUUUAAUCAAAAAUAAAAUAUUUUUAAUAUUUUAUUAUUUUAAAUUAUAUUGAAUUUAUCGUGAGAUUGUGCUGUGGGCCUGUGGCUACUAGCAAGUAGGAGUAUAAUUUGAGGCCGAGGCAGCAACCCCCAAGGAGAAACCUAUCCGCACAGGAGUCCAAUGGCACAGCACGACAGCAAAGAGGUUAUCGACGGCAAUGAAGAGACGCAAUUGACGUCGGACCACAUGGACAAUGAUCUUCUGAAGCGUAUUCGCGACGCUGUUGGGGCAGUGCCUGUCAAUGUUGUCAAGGACUUCUGGUCUAUGGGGGUGUGCGCUCAAUGUAUCUUUCGGUUGCUGGGCCUUCAUGAGCUAAUUUGUUCUCACCCUUCACUCUCAAAUUCAAAAUUACGAACUAUUUUAGGAGAAGUGAGAGUUGGAGGUGAUGGGCUUGAUAGUUCUGGCAAACAAGAGGGAUUAACUGCUCAUGAAUUAACUACAGAAACAAGCAUUUGCAAAAUCUGUUUAGGUGUAUUGCAGUUUGUGUUUUUUAAUGACAAUAAUACUUUUAUGAAGAAGGAUAGUGCAUCUGAGUUUGCUUCAGAAAUCGCCGAACUUGUAAGGCAACAGCAGUAUCAACAAAUUGGUAGCUUUUCUCUAGAAGUUUCAUUACCUCCACUUGUAAACAAAAAUGAUCGAGCUAUCUGGUUUUAUAUGCAAAAGAAGUAUGAGUAUGAGCUGUGGUUCCAGGAAAAAGCUGCAUUUCAAUGCUUUUCGAUUAAAGAUGUUUUGAAAUUGUUAGUAAUAAAGCCUCUACAAACAUUGUUGGAUUUGAAACACAUGGAAAGCACUUUUCACAUUCGACUUACAUACUUGGACUCAUUAAUGAAACUUAAUGCGGAAAGUAGUAUAGAGAAUAAAAGGAGAAAAACAGAUGCUGCUUACAGUCUAGUUGUUGAUAUCCACAAGGUUGAAGGAGAGGCAUUCACUGGAACUUCAUUAAAAUCACAAGAAGAUUCCUUUGUUUAUGUAAAUGAUAUGAUAGAGAAGGUCAUUCAACCUUGUCACUUGACACUUCAAUGUUUUAGGAAUUCUAUUUAUAUCGGAGGGAGGUAUCUUAAGUAUUCAAGAAAUGUUAGCCAGACUCGGUGGGUUAUUGAUGAUGAAAGAGUGGGUGAAGCAUCUGUUGAGGAGAUAUUAGGUAAAAGCAUCCUUCCAUUUUGCCGGGGAGAAGGUUACAAGUUUCAUGCUGCUGGUAGAGAGGAUAUUGAUGUUCGGAUGUUGGGUACAGGUCGUCCUUUUUUAGUUGAGAUACAAAAUGCACGACAAAUUCCUUCCGAGGGGGUUAUAAAAGAUGUGGAGGUUAAAAUAAACUCUAUGGAGUACCAACAUGUAAAGGUUAAAAAUCUUGUUGUUGUAAGCAACCAAGCGUGGGCAAUGAUGCGUGAAGGGGAAGCUGAGAAGCAGAAACAGUAUUCUGCUUUGGUUUGGAUAUCCCGUGAUAUCAACAAUGAAGAUUUGCAAACGUUAUCAUCAGUGAAGGACAUGAAAAUUGUCCAGAAAACACCAAUCAGGGUUCUCCACCGUCGAAGUCCACUGGAGCGCGGAAAGACCAUACAUUGGAUGAAACUGGAGAGGUUACUAGGAAGUUCUCAGUAUUUUCUUUUGCAUCUAUGCACACAGGCUGGGACAUACAUUAAGGAAUUUGUUCAUGGAGAUCUUGGACGCACCCAUCCAAGUAUAGGAUCAAUUCUUGGAUGCAGAGCAGAGAUAUUGCAACUUGACGUUACAGAUGUGAAAGUCGACUGCUUCUAGGUAGGAAGGUAGCAUGGGAUCUGUGCAAAUGCCUCGAACAUGUACUCUUCAGGAAUAAUUGAUUUUAGCAUAUAAAUAACACUGAUAAUUGUUCCUACUUUUUUGUUGUUGUUACAUUUCAUUCGUUUAGCAGAAACAUUACUCAUCAUCAUUAUUUUAAUGGAUUCAUGUUCAUUUGUUCUUCGGAAAUUUCAAGUGUUUUCAUUGACUAAAACACUCUAUCAUCU